AUGCCAAACAGCGGGGAACGAAGGAGAGGGAGAGACCAAGUCGAUGAAGCGUGGGCACAUACUCAAGGUACACCGUGGCCGAAACCGAGGUUGAGUAAGGUGGAGAGCAUAGAAAAUACCUCUCCGUCGUCUUCAGCGAACGCUGAAGCUCACGAUGGCCUCUCUGUUCUGCCAAGCAUCGAACAGUCCUCAAUGUUCGGCGAAGACGAAGGCUUGGAGGAUAAAGAGAACGAAGAAGAAAUCUUGUUCGUUGUGGAAGAGCGCAAUAAGCGGCGACGAGUCUCGCCACACCCUUCAACAUCUCCAACUCACGCCUAUGGAGAUCCUGCCACUCCCCAUGCGGAUUCUUCCCCGCAGAUAGCCUCACCUGUGUCGCAUCGCUUCAAAGUACCUGGCCCUCGGCCCAAUGUACCCGGUAUCGCUUCGACUACCGUGGUCGAUCGUCGAAUUCACCCACGACCGCACUUUAUCCUACCGCAUCUCUCGCCUUCUCCUACUAAAUCUGCGAACCCGCUCCCGGAAACCUUUUCACCUAGUCGUAAGAACGGAAAGUACGUUGCAGAUGGCAUGGCCUCCACUCUACAGUCUUGGGUCCACGAGACGGCGAGCAUAGGUUACACGGCGAAUACAAGCUCAACCGUGGUGUGGGGAAGAGACAAGGAAGAUGGCGUGAAGAUUAAGAUCGAAGUCCUCAGCGUCAUGGGUGGUCGAGGCUGCGGAGGUUCGGAAGUUGAGUGCUGGCCCGGUGGCAUCAUUUUCCUGCGCGGCGUCACUGAUGCGAGCCUGUACAAUGUGUCAAGAGCCUCGAGCUUCACACAAGUUGAAGGCAAUCACGUGGGUCCCACCGAGGUCAAUAUCAUGCUUGCAGGUCAAGGUGGUGCAAGGGGAAAGGGAGGCGUAAGAGUCCGGGAGGGUGGCGUCGUGGGCGUGAGGGCUCCAAUCUGGGAUGUGCAUAUCGGCUACGGUGAACAGGCAGAAAAGUGGCUCGUUGGUGUGGAAUGGGUUGUUCUCUGA